AUGUUGAGCACGUCUCUGGGAACGACACCUCCGCCCAACGAAGUUGUUCUUGAACAACAGUUGCAAGUGGCCUUGCCCCCAGUGAUUGUAGCAGCAGCUCCCCCCACCACUACGACCCCUUCUCAACGUGGCGAAGUGCUGCCCGAACCGGUGGAGACCCCGGUGCAAAUCUCCUUGGCUGCCGCGGCCCUCCUGGACUCCAUCAUUGCUGCCAUCGAGCCACCCCUUGUGGACCGGCGCACCCCAUACCACACACCAACAGGCUUGUUUACCCACAUUGCUGCCGCCACCGUUGUGGAAGUGAUGGACAUGGCCCUUUGCGCUUAUCCCACUCCGGUAACCAACCCCCCGCCAGUGGCCUUCGACCCCCAGCGACCAAGUGGUGACAAGUUCCUUCGCCUCUUGCAUGCUCUUCCUCCAGCCGAUUUCAACUGCCAAGUGUUCGUCGAUUCCAUCACCAUGGACGAAGUCGAAGACGCCCUCAACGCGGCUAACUUGACCUCCGCCCCAUGCCUGGAGGACUUCCUGUUGGUCGAACAAGCGUGUCCCCGCGGCGUGGAAGGUCAGCGUGACCGAGCUCUUGGAUAUCCGCGAAAGGCUUUCACCACGUUGACACCCGCUUCCAACUGGCGGACAAUGACGUGGCAAAUCAUCAAGGCCAUCAAGAUGUUUGUGAUGUCCCAACUCGAGUUCGCCAUCCACCAAGUCAAGGCGACGAAGUCGCAGCUCCAAGGUUUCUCGUUGUUUUUAGCCAAGUCCCUUCGACAUCUUUUGCGUCUCGCUACCACUAGCACAAAGGCGUUCAUCUACUCCCGCCAUCCAGGAGUGGCUUUGGCUUCCUUCCGCUCGACGAGUCACGCCAAGUCUCGACCCUCACCCUUGCAUUCCACAUGUUAA